CUGAGUAUUGCAGCAUGUGAUCGAUUUAGUGCUGAUCGAAUCCAGGAAGUACUUGUAGCGGUUCUGUUUUCGUUUUAGAUAUAGUGCAUACUUAGAAAGAGAAUGUCGGUUGGUGACGACAUUUAUAGAAGGUUCCGUGGCAACGAUUCGCGUGGUGUCAAGGAUGCCAUGAGCGGAUAUGCAACCCCAUCGUCUGACAGCGGCGGUAGCUACUUGAUGCAACAUCAAGCUCAGCUACAGGGGCAAAGAUCAAUGGAAGCUAGUAAGCAGAUGUUGUAUAAAGUCUAUGGGAACGUUAUAAGUAUCCUUGAAGAAUAUGAGCAGCGUGACUCCCCCGGCAAACGGUUUGCAAGAUCGGACAUCCAUAUCCCUGAUCAGUCACGGAAGGGCAAAGAUGACGUUGAAAGCAUCGUCGAGACGCAGCUUUUGUUGUUUGAAACUCAACUUAAAGCAUGCCCAAGCGAAGUGCGCAAUCAGCUCGGAGAGGAGCUCAAGCAAAAGACAAUCAAAUGGGUCGCCGUGCGCCACGGACAGACGCAAAGCAAGACUGACAAGUUCAUCGCCCAACUGUACGAGAUCCUUGCAAAAGGGCGGACAGAUCAUGCCUUCCACUCUAGGCCAAGGCCGGACAUUACCCCUGAGGUAAUGCGUGAGAACAUUCCCUUCCUGAUGCGUGGUAAACACGAUCAGGCCACCCUUGACCACAGUUUUCGGGAUGACGGAAACCGCAAGGCUGUCGCCCCCAAUGUCAGGGCGGGUCCGGUGGACAGCCUCCAAAUAGGUAGCGAACGGCUUGGAGAGAUAAAUCCGGACCUGAAAAAUUCACUUCGGGGAUAUAGGAAUCAACCAAGUAAUCGUUAAAUUAUGGCCAAACAUCUGUGAUAAAGACGUGCGCGAAGAAUUUUAUGUGUGUUUUGCAUAACUCUUCGUUAAAAAGCCGAACUGUCAUUCGUAUUUAAUAAAAUAUUUAACUACUA